GUGAAAGUGAAAGUGUUUAUUUUCCUCGACGUCAUUCGGAAGAGGGAUAUCUGUUUGCAAACGUGUGCCCAAGAUGAAGAGAUAAGACUCACCAGGGCCCAGCUGUGUGUCUAUGAAGAGUGAUUACGCCACAAUCACGAAAUUUUAAAGAUGGAGAAUCCACAGCUGGAUACAGUGAAACACAGAUGAAGAGAUCAGACUCACCAGGGCCCAGCUGUGUGUCCAUGAAGAGUGACAACUCUAUGGAUAUUCCAAUAGCUUUUAAAGAUGGAGAAUCCACAGCUGGAUACAGUGAAACACAGAUGAAGAGAUCAGACUCACCAGGGCCCAGCUGUGUGUCCAUGAAGAGUGACAACUCUAUGGAUAUUCCAAUAGCUUUUAAAGAUGGAGAAUCCACAGCUGGAUACAGUGAAACACAGAUGAAGAGAUCAAACUCACCAGGGCCCAGCUGUGUGUCCAUGAAGAGUGACAACUCUAUGGAUAUUCCAAUAGCUUUUAAAGAUGGAGAAUCCACAGCUGGAUACAGUGAAACACAGAUGAAGAGAUCAGACUCAUCAGGGCCCAGCUGUGUGUCCAUGAAGAGUGACAACUCUAUGGAUAUUCCAAUAGCUUUUAAAGAUGGAGAAUCCACAGCUGGAUACAGUGAAACACAGAUGAAGAGAUCAGACUCACCAGGGCCCAGCUGUGUGUCCAUGAAGAGUGACAACUCUAUGGAUAUUCCAAUAGCUUUUAAAGAUGGAGAAUCCACAGCUGGAUACAGCAGUGUGCCUAAGAUGAAGAGAUCAGACUCACUAGGGCCCAGCUGUGUGUCUAUGAAGAGUGAUAACUCUAUGAAUUUCCCACUAAAGUUCAAAGAUGGAGAAUCCACAGCUGGAUACAGUGUCCUACAGCGAGCAAGAAGCAAAACAGAACAGAAGAUCAUAAUCACAGAUACAGGGUGCAAGUCUCUAACUACUGAACCUCAUCUUCAGGAGAGAUGCAAAUUAAAUCUGAUAAAGAAGUUUCAGCAUGUAAAUGAGGUGAUAACAAACCAGGGAAACCCAACACUUCUCAAUGAGAUCUACACAGAGCUCUACAUCACAGAAGGAGACAGUGGAAAAGUCAAUAAUGAACAUGAGGUGAGACAGAUCGAGGCAGCAUCCAGGAGAGCAGCAACAGAGGAAACACCCAUCAAAUGCAAUGACCUCUUUAAGCCCUUAUCUGAAGAAGACGAACCCAUCAGGAGCGUUCUGACAAAGGGAGUCGCUGGCAUUGGAAAAACCAUCUCUGUGGAGAAAUUCAUUCUAGACUGGGCUGAAGGGAAAACAAACCAGGAUGUUCAUCUCAUAUUUCCACUUCCUUUCAGAGAGCUCAAUUUGAUGAAGGAUCAAAACCUGAGUCUGAUGGAGCUCCUUCAUUUCUUUAAGGAGAUAAAAGAAAUGAACAUUUCCAAUCUGCGCAAAGUUCUGUUCAUUUUUGAUGGUUUGGAUGAGUGUCGUUUUCCUCUGGAUUUCCAGAACACAGUGAGAUUGUGUGAUGUAACUGAAUCAUCAUCAGUGCAUGUGCUGCUGAUAAACCUGAUCAAAGGGAAUCUGCUUCCCUCUGCUCUCAUCUGGAUCACCUCCCGACCAGCAGCAGCUGAUCAAAUCCCCUCUGAGUGUGUCCAUCGAGUCACAGAGGUACGAGGGUUCAAUGACCCACAGAAGGAGGAAUAUUUCAGGAAGAGGAUCAGUGAUCAGAGCCUGAGCAACAGAAUCAUCACACACCUGAAGUCAUUAAGAAGCCUCUACAUCAUGUGUCACAUCCCAGUCUUCUGCUGGAUUUCAGCCACAGUUCUAGAGAGAAUGUUGGGUGAAGCAGAGAGUGGAGAGAUCCCCAAGACUCUGACUCAGAUGUACACACACUUCCUCAUCAUUCAGACAAACAUUGUAAAGAAAAAGUACACAAAGAGCAGAGAGGCAGAUAAAGAAAUGGUUCUGAAACUGGGUAAACUGGCUUUUCAGCAGCUGAUGAAAGGGAAUCUGAUCUUCUAUGAGGAAGACCUGAUGGAAUGUGGCAUUGAUGUGACAGAAGCAUCAGUUUAUUCAGGUGUGUGUACACAGAUCUUCAGAGAGGAGUGUGGGCUUCACCAGAGUAAAGUGUACUGCUUUGUUCAUCUGAGCAUUCAGGAACACCUCGCAGCUCUGUAUGUGCACCUGGUGUUUAUGAUUGAAAAGAGCAAUGUUCUUCAGCAGAGCCUGUUUUCUAAAAUGUUGAUGCUGUUCAGAGAAAUUCCAAUCACCGAUGUCCACAAGAGUGCUGUAGACCAGGCUUUACAGAGUAAAAAUGGACAUCUGGAUCUUUUCCUUCGCUUUCUUCUGGGUCUCUCAGUGGAGUCCAAUCAGAUCCUCUUACAGUCCAUAGUGACACAGACAGGUUCCCACAGUAACCAGGAAACAGUUCAAUACAUCAAGAAGAAGAUCAGAGAGAAUCCCUCAACAGAGAAAUCCAUCAAUCUGUUCCACUGUCUGAAUGAACUGGAGGAUCAUUCUCUCGUUGAGGAAAUCCAACACUCCCUGCAAUCUGGAAAUUUACACCAACUUAAUCUUUCUUGUUCUCAGUGGUUAGCUGUGGUGUUUGUGUUAUUGACAUCUAUGCAGGAAGAGGAUGUGUUUGUUCUUCAGAAAUAUACCAAAGAUCAGAGUAAAUCAAAUGAGGUUCUUCUGAAGCUCCUGCCUGUGGUUGCAGCAUCCAGAAAAGCUCAGUUGAAGAAUUGCGGUCUAAAUGAGAAAGGGUGUGCAGCUUUGGCUUCAGUGCUCAGCUCUGAAUCCUCCAAUCUGAGAGAACUGGAUCUGUCUGGGAAUAAACUCAGAGACUCAGGAGUGAAGCGUCUCUCUGCUGGACUGGAGAAUCCUCAUUGCAAACUGGAGACAGUGGGGUUGUGUUAUUGUGAAAUCUCAGAUGAAGGCUGUGCUGCUCUGACUUCAGCUCUGAGAUCAAACCCCUCACACCUGAGAGAACUGGAUCUGUCUGGGAAUGAACUCAGAGACUCCGGAGUGAAGCGUCUCUCUGCUGUACUGGAGAAUCCUCACUGUAAACUGGAGACACUGGGGUUGUGUUAUUGUGAAAUCUCAGAUGAAGGCUGUGCUGCUCUGACUUCAGCUCUGAGAUCAAACCCCUCACACCUGAGAGAACUGAAUCUGUCUGGGAAUAAACUCAGAGACUCAGGAGUGAAGCGUCUCUCUGCUGUAUUGGAGAAUCCUCACUGUAAACUGGAGAUACUGGGGUUGAGUGAUUGUGAAAUCUCAGAUGAAGGCUGUGCUGCUCUGACUUCAGCUCUGAGAUCAAACCCCUCACACCUGAGAGAACUGGAUCUGUCUGUGAAUAAACUCAGAGACUCAGGAGUGAAGCGUCUCUCUGCUGUACUGGAGAAUCCUCACUGUAAACUGGAGAGACUGAGGUUGCGUUAUUGUGAAAUCUCAGGUGAAGGCUGUGCUGCUCUGACUUCAGCUCUGAGAUCAAACCCCUCACACCUGAGAGAACUGGAUCUGUCUGGGAAUAAACUCGGAGACUCAGGAGUGAAGUGUCUCUCUGCUGUACUGGAGAAUCCUCACUGUAAACUGGAGACACUGGGGUUGAGUGAUUGUGAAAUCUCAGAUGAAGGCUGUGCUGCUCUGACUUCAGCUCUGAGAUCAAACCCCUCGCACCUGAGAGAACUGGAUCUGUCUGGGAAUGAACUCAGAGACUCACAAAAGGAGAAACUCUUCAGUCUUAAGCUCCAGAACUUGAGGGUCUGAAGAAGAAUCUUCAUCUGAUACCGACUCCAGUGAAGAUAUUUUUGAAUGAAAUGUGCUCGACUCACAGCAGCAUUUCCUGGACAGUUUUCUCUCACAUUGGAGAAUGAAGAACAUGUUGGUGAUUUUGCAGAGACGUGUACACAGUGGAUCAGAGACCCACCACUUAUCAGCCAUUCAACUAAUAAUAAUGUUCAUGAAGCCCUCAUUCAUAACGCCAUACAUUUUAAAUUCCAUUGGUGUGUGUGUGUGUGUGUGUGUAAGCUUGUGUGUUUGUGGAAGAAGAAACCUUUAUUCGUCAUAUGCACACUUCAAGCACAGUAAAAUUCAUCCUCUGCAUUUAACCCAUCUGAAGCAGUGAACACACGCACACACACUCAGAGCAGUGGGCAGCCACACCAGAGCGCCCGGGGAGCAGUCAGGGGUUCGGUACCUUGCUCAAUGGCACCUCAGCCCAAGGCCACCCCACAUCAACCUAACUGCAUGUCUUUGGGGGAAACCGGAGCACCCGGAGGAAACCCACGCAGACAUGGGGAGAACAUGCAAACUCCACACAGAAAGGCCCUCGCCGGCCUCGAACCCGGAACCUUCUUGCUGUGAGGCGACCAUGCUAACCACUACACCACCGUGCUGCCCGUAUGUCUAAUUGAAACAAUUCCUUGGGAAAAAAUAAAGUUGUAACAAAAUAA